UGCUCGGCUGGGCGGGGCUCCGCGUCUUCUCCGUCGCUCUCAAAACUGUCGUGGUAGAUGGGAGAGAGCAGGGAAAACGUGUCCUCGUCAUCGGACACCACUCCGUCGUCCAGCAGCAGAGCCCCGGGUGCGGGGACGUCUUUCCCCCGGCCGGUCUUCAGCGGGGUCGAGCUGAAUCCCUUGGCUGCAGAGGCAGGACAGUUCGGCAUCCUCCCUCCAGACAUUACUAGUCGAUCAGGUCCGCUGCGAAACACAGAGUCGAGGCACAACGUACGUUUGACGAAAGGUUACAAGUAACGUUUGCCAUUUGGACUAAAGUGAAGCUCGGCUACGAUAACUACCUGGCUGCGACGGUCAACCUGUGCUUUAUAGGAGCCAGCACCCUGACCCCCGUCCUGGUUGGGUGGUUUGCAGAAACCUUCUUAGGAAGGACCAAAGUGCUCUACUUGUGUGCUGUGCUUCAUUUCUUCGGCACAGCCAUGCUGCCCGUGGUGGCGUUUCCCUUCGAAGAUUUCUACAUCGACACUCAUCACAUGACGCACCAGCUGGAACACCGGGAGCAGCAGAUCCUGUUCUACACCGGCCUCCUGGCUGCCGCGCUGGGGAUCGGCGGCAUCCGGGCCAUCCUCUGCCCCAUGGGUGCCUACAACCUGCAGGGCUACAACCAGCACCAGCUCCUGUCCUUCUUCAACUGGUUCUACUGGCUGGUGAACCUGAAUUCCACUGUAGUGUUUCUGGGUAUUGCUUACAUCCAGCAGUCUGUAGCCAAAAAUCUGGGCUUUCUUAUCCCCUUCACCUCUGCGCUGCUGGCUCUCAUCGGCAUACACAUGAUGCGGAGCAAACUCACUUACAAACCCAAGAAAGGUGGAUCCUUACUGACCACGCUGGGAGUCUUCCUGAACUCUAUCAGGAUGUGCUGCCUCCACUAUCGGCACCUGAGUGGAGAUGUGGCGUCUUGGUUGGACCGCGCCAAGGAGAACAACGGCGGCCGUUAUAGCGAGACGCACGUGGAGAACGUCAAAGUCCUGGCGAAGCUCUUCCCUCUUUACGGCCUCCAGCUGCUGUACAGAGCCUGCGUCACACAGAUUCCGUCAGGCUACUACAUUCAGACGAUGAACUCCAACCUUCACCUGUACGACCUCCUGUUGCCCAUCGGGGCUAUGAAUGUGAUCAGCAUACUGCCUCUGCUGCUCUUGGCCCCGCUGAUCGAGUGCGUCUCUACCUGCUACCUCUCCAUGGAAAGGGCUCCUCUGGCCCCGGCAAAAGUCAUCACUCUGGGCCACGCGUGUGCCACUCUGUCGGUCCUGGUGGCAGGUUUGUCCGAGCUGCACAGGAAGGCUCACCCUCUGGUGGAGCAGACGCUGUCGGGGAAGGUUCUGCAGGUGUCGUCCAUGCCGUGUUUCCACCUGGCGGCCCAGUACAUCCUUCUCGGUCUGGCCGAGGCUCUCGUCACCCCUGCAUGUUCCCUCAUAUCGUUCCAGCUGACCCCGAGUCACCUCAGAGGCAUCUCUCUGCACUUCCUCACUCUGUCCUAUGGAGGGGCCUGUUUUCUAGGAGCCAUUAUCAUCCAGUUGGCAUACUUUAUCACUGGAGGUAACUUCUACCCAAACAUACUGCACGAUGGGAAUCUGGAGAGAUUCUUCUUCCUCCUGGCCUCACUGAUGGCUAUAAAUACCCUUGUGUUUUGGAAUGUAUCACACAGGUACAUUGACCUGAGUGUGCAGGGCAAAGCACUGACCAUCAGCCCUCUGGCCGAGAAGCUGCUGCAUUACAAGGCCUGCCUGCGCUUCUACGACACUGUGGAUCGCUCCUACACAAACGCCUCCAUUGAAUCUAUUUUAUGACGUCUUCGUCUUCACCAUGACCCAAACUCUUAGCGGCGCUGGCGCUGCAUGUUUCUGUGUCAAAAUCUGUCAUUUGGAUAUCGUGGGCUGAACUGUUCAUAUUGAAUAUGGUGGAAUGCACAUAUUUUUGUUGCUUUUCAAUGAUCUUAUAGCAGCAAUGACAGAAUUUCGGCACGUAAUCCCACAUGUCCUCAUUGUUUUAGGCUGUUCUUUCACUUUUGUUGUGUAUAACAAUGAGGUAUGUCGACUACAAUUUGCGAAUGAAAUUCACAGCACAAAAGUGUAAAUGACAGCACAUUACAUCAGGUAAACAGUUUUUC